GGGAGUGGCCAGACAAUCGGAUUGGAUAACAGGAUGUGAGUUGAGCUGUUUUGGGGUGAGGCGGUGCGUUUGGGGGUGCACAACUUUCUCCGUGUUUGCGCAGUUUCCCAGCGCUUCACACACUGCGGAUAAACCGAAAACAGCGACCUCCGGGUCUACGGGGGCUCGGCACGCAGAGUAUAGAAAUCAGCGGAAAUACCAGCGCGCGGCCGACGCACGGCGGAGUUUUCACACUCUCACCGUCUCGUGUGUGGUUUACUCGUUGAUGCGGGGAGAAAGUUGUGGACAUGUUUUCCUGGAAGUGCACGGUUUUACGGACACUACGUGCAACAUUGUAACGGCGGUGUUAAUGAGCCUCUCCAGCCUGAGCGGACUUUGGAGUGUGUGUAUUUUUUUUCUCCGUUUGAUUGUAAAGCCGCCUGUUCGCCAUAUUGUGCGCUGUGAAACUCGAGGGAAAGUUGUCAGAGAGUUAUGACAUUUGCUGCGCACAAUCCCUUCAUGGAGCUACAUGCAGUCGACUUUGAUCGAAACCAAAGUGACUCAAUGGAGCUGGCCAUGGAGAGCCCUGUGCACCAUUGAUAAGGUCCGGCACCCUAAAGAGGAUGAGAAGAAUGGACAACAAACCUCAGAUUUGAUUGUGGAAGGAGGGUUGCAUAUGUUCCCCACCCUGCACUUUCCUUUGGGAUUUAUAUUUCCUCCCAAAUACCUCUGUAUACACAAUUAAACAAAGAAUUUCUCAGCCACAGGCAGUGAAAACACACUACAGAGGCAAUAACCCAGUUUUGCACACUCAGUAAUCAAGGCUGAGAGCUCUGACUCCAACUUUUUCACACCUUACGAUAUUAGCAUGAGUCUUCCUCCUCAAGUUAAUACUGACAAGAGUGGCAAACAUCGGGCUGCAGCCAUGAAAGAGUCGGUGCAGCAUCCAGGGGAGGUUUAUUAUGGUAUGGCACCUCCGGCUUUAGAGUCGAGCCACAGUGACUCUGCGAGCAGCUCUGGUGUCUAUAACCCCGAGAAAGGGCCCCAAAGUUUACCGCACUAUCAACAGGCUGCUCCAGUAAAGUGGAUGCACCAGGACUCCAUACAGGCCCCCGGCUGGUCUCAGGAAGCUCCUGUGCCAGCCUGGGGGCAGAACUUUGGCCCCUACAUGGGAGGAGUGAAUGUCAGGAGUCAGAUGGCGUUCCACAAAGGAGUCCACGAAGGUGUGGCUCUGCCGAUGGGGGGAGAAAAUCAACUGCCAGGACCUGUUGAGGUUUAUAGAGACGCCAACCAGGCUCAAGCACAGGGGAGGGGGCUCGAGUGGGAUCAGCACGCCGUGGCUGCUAUGCAUCAGGCUCAGCUGCAAGCCUAUCAACAUGGCCACAAGGGCGUGGAGCUCCCGAGUCAGCCCCACAUGCCGCCUCACACUUUGACGGGGCCCAUGCUGCAGCCCUUCCAGACAACAUUCAGACCCAGCAAGCAACAGUUCUCAUCUGGUUAUUAUUCAGUUUUUCCGGGAAACAAGGCAAUGCCAAACCUGGCCUACAGCGAGCAGCAGCCUAAAACCCAACAACAACUGCUACACCAGAUGCAGCAGCAACAACAAAUGCAUCACCAUCACCAGCAGCAACAACAGCAACAGCAACAGCAACAACAACAACAACAACAACAACAACAGUUGCAGCAACAGCACCAACUUCAGCUGCAGCAACAGCAGCAACAUUUGCAGCAACAGCAACAUCAAAUCCAACAGCAUCAAAUGCAACAGCAGCAGCAACUGCAGCAGAUGCAGCAGCAGUAUCACCAGCAGCAGCUACAGGAGCGCCAGCAACAAAUGCAGCAAAUGACAGCACAGCAGCAGCAGCUGCAACAACAACCAAAUGUGCCACAGCAAGAAACAACACAACUACAGGUGCAACCAAAACAGCAACAGACCCAAAACUUUGCAGCGUAUCAGUCUCCUGAGCCAUGUCCACCUGACACGGCAUCUAAAAAGGAAGACGUCCAGUCAGCAGAACCAGAGGCCCAAACCUGCGAUGAGUCAGCUGUACCUGAUCCGUGUCCUGAAAAGGUCGCCACAAAUCCCACUGAGACCUCAGAUGCGCAGCCGGCGGCCCCUCGGCGCUCACGGCGCCUUUCCAGAGAGGGACAGUCCCCACUGGGUCCCCCCUCAACAAACAUCUGGUCUCAGGCCUCCAAAGAGCUUCCACCAUCCCAGAACGGGGUAGCGGGUGCACAGAGGGGAGGGGAAACCCAAGUGACUACAGGAGGGGUCAUCCAGGUCACCCGCAGGAGAAGGAGGGCGUCUAAGGAGAUCAACUUGGAGACUCUUGCGAUGAAGGCAUCAGAAAUGGAGUCGCUGCCUGCGAAAAAUGUCAAGGAAGAUGGUCCAGGUGGCAGACAGGCCACCAUGGUGCCCCUGGUUAUCCCUGUGUCUGUGCCAGUGCACAGGACUCAGAUAGAUCCUCAGGGUGGCUGGGCUCAGGGACGGCUCAGCCAGGGCGAGCGGCCUGCGGGACAGUCCGACCGAAAACCUUCUGUCAUUGUGGCUCGCCGCCGAUCGCUCAGAAACUCCAUGACUGAGAGUUUUGGCCAGGAUGGUGAAAACGAUCCAGGGCUGGACGAGGAUGGAAAAUCCAAACUUAAGCGCCGACCUCGCCCAGAGCCUCUCAUUAUCCCUCCUCCCAAGCCAUCCACCUUCAUCCCACCAUCCGUCUACUCCAGUAUCACUUCCUACCAGAGCAACCUGCGCUCCCCAGUUCGUCUGCCGGACAACCCCCUCACUCUGCCUCCCUACACACCUCCACCCAUCCUCUCUCCCGUGCGUGAGGGCUCAGGACUCUAUUUCUCCACCUUCCUGACCAACAUAGCCGUGAGCAACCAAAUCCUGCCACCGCCAGCUACACCCAAGUCUGCGACACGCAGCCUGUUGCGCUCCACAAGUUCAGAAAUUACACCUCCUGUCCUGCCCUUAAUCACUGAUGCGACACCGGUUAGCCUUGAACCCCGUAUCAAUAUUGGGCAGCAUUACCAGGCAGAAAUUCCAGAUUUGCAGGAGCAGCCUUCCUCCCAGUUUGACCAGCACAAAGCCGACUUAGUUUGGGUCCCUGUGGAAAACUCUCACCUUAAACAUGGUGACCAAGAGAGCAUGGAGGAUCUGAUGAACAUGGCUUGUUCCAGUGUACUCAGAGGUGGAGGAACCAAUCAGGAGUUGACUUUACACUGUUUACAUGAAUGUGGAGGUGAUAUUCUUGAAACACUGGGACAUUUGAUGCUUCAGGACCCAGUUUUCCCCAAAGGCCAUCACCUGGCAGGUUAUCACUACUCAGGCUCUGACAGCUGGACCGCAGAAGAGAAGCGCUACUUCAAUAAGGGGAUCUCUGCCUACAGGAAGGACUUCUUUCUGGUGCAGAAACUGGUGCGGACCAAGACUGUGGCUCAGUGUGUAGAGUUCUACUAUACAUACAAGAAACAGGUGAAGAUUGGUCGCAACGGGAUUUUAACCUUCGGCCCUCCAGAUUCACCAGUGGAGAAGCACACAGAGGCUGUGGUGGACGUCAAGAGUUCACAGCAGUCAAAACUGACUCAAGGAGACACAGAUGGGGAUGAUAAGAAGGAUGUUUCUUAUGACCAGAGUCAUGAGAGCAGCCAGCAGGCGAGGGUCGCUCAGUCACUACAGGCUCAUGACUAUGCGGGAACAGUGCUGGUGAUCAAAGAACCGAACACUGUGAAUAAGGAGUCUCAUCACCCGUCACCACAUCACAGGCCUCGGGCCGAGCCUGCAGCAAAGAAGGGCAAGGUGCCACCGAAGCCCCCGCAGGAUCCGGAUGCAGUAUUUCCAUGCAAGAAAUGUGGCAGGGUGUUUUAUAAAGUUAAGAGCAGAAGUGCCCACAUGAAGAGUCACGCCGAGCAGGAGAAGAAGGCCGCGGCGCUGCGUCAGAAGGAAGAAGAGGAGCAGGCAGCAGCUGAAGCUCGGGCCAGGAAGGCAGCUGCGGUGGCGGCGGCGGUGGCAGCAGCAGCAGCAGCAGCCACGGCAUCUAAUCAGGGAGGAAAUGGGAACGGAGUGAUGGAGCAGGCGGACGCCAGCAGCCACGAAGAGUCAUCUGAGGGAGAAGAUGAUGACGAUGAAGACUGGCACUGAGAGACAAAAAAAGGGGGGCAGAAAAAUCAAUGAGGAGAUGGAUUGAUGGGUAAAUGGAGGGUAAAGAGGGCGAUUGAAUCAGAGAGGGAGGAAGGAGAAAAAAAAGAUGUUCUCAGCGUCAGAGAGCAGCACAAGAAAAACGCUUUUCAAGUCUUCCUGUUAAUCUUCACACUCCUUUCUUGGCUGAAACUGUCUCUGUUCGACCGUUAUUCAGCUUUACAUUGUUCAGCCGGGGAGUCACACUCCAAAUUUUCACAUUUGUAUCUUUUAAAUAUUCAGAGGAAGUUUAUUUUUUGUAAAUGCACUUAUACUGUAUGCUUCUGCUUUUGCCAAUAUUGCCUUUUUAUACCCAUUAUUUAAUUGAAUAUAUGUCAAAAUAUUAUACUUUUUCAUUGAGCGGACUUAAGAUAAUCAGGAUGUUGCUUAGCAAUAAAACUUCAAGAUCAAAGCAAUUUUUCACUUUAUAGUCACCGCCCUUUUAAAUAAAGAUAGAGAUUGUAUUUAAAAUCUUUUUUCCGAGGAAAAUACUGUGCUGAAUUUGUCAGACUUCCAUCAGAUUUUUAGGGUUGGUUGUACACUUUUACAACUACAAGGGACCUUUUGAAAUGAAUAUGUACAAAAAAAGUAUAUAUGAGAUUGCCAUAUAUUUAUGAUACUGCAUUUUUCAAUGAUUUUGGUAAUAUAAAAACUAAUCAUGUCAGCUGCAAUAUGACUUGUGAAUUGAAAAGUUUAUUAAAACUCUCUACUGUUCUAAA